AUGGACACGCUGACCGGGCUGCUGCCCCCGCUCCUGCUGCUCUGCGCGCAGCAGCCCCGCGGCGCCAGAGCGAUGAAUGAUAUUGGGGACUAUGUCGGCUCUAACCUGGAGAUAUCCUGGCUCCCCAACCUGGAUGGCCUGAUGGAAGGCUACGCUCGCAACUUCCGGCCGGGCAUCGGAGGGCCCCCUGUGAACGUGGCCCUCGCCAUCGAGGUGGCCAGCAUCGACCACAUCUCGGAGGCGAACAUGGAGUACACCAUGACGGUGUUUCUGCACCAGAGCUGGCGUGACAGCAGGCUGGCCUACAACCACACCAACGAGACUCUGGGGCUGGACAGCCGCUUCGUGGAUAAGCUGUGGCUCCCAGACACCUUUAUUGUGAACGCCAAGUCCGCCUGGUUCCAUGACGUGACGGUAGAGAACAAGCUCAUCCGGCUGCAGCCCGACGGGGUGAUCCUUUACAGCAUCCGAAUCACGUCCACGGUGGCCUGCGACAUGGACCUGGCCAAGUACCCCAUGGACGAGCAGGAGUGCAUGCUCCUCCUGGAGAGCUACGGCUACUCGUCCGAGGACGUGGUGUACUACUGGUCGGAGAACCAGGAGCGGAUCCACGGGCUCAACGAGCUGCACCUGGCCCAGUUCACCAUCACCAGCCACCGCUUCACGGCCGAGCUGAGGAACUUCAAAUCCGCCGGCCAGUUCCCCCGGCUCAGCCUGCAUUUCCGCCUCCGGAGGAACCGGGGUGUCUACAUCAUCCAGUCCUACAUGCCGUCCGUGCUCCUCGUCGCCAUGUCCUGGGUCUCCUUCUGGAUCAGCCAGGCGGCAGUGCCGGCCAGGGUGUCUCUAGGUAUUACCACGGUGCUCACCAUGACCACGCUGAUGGUCAGUGCCCGCUCCUCCCUCCCGCGGGCCUCGGCCAUCAAGGCCCUCGAUGUGUACUUCUGGAUCUGCUAUGUCUUCGUGUUUGCCGCGUUGGUGGAGUAUGCCUUCGCCCACUUCAAUGCUGACUACCGGAAGAAGCAGAAGGCCAAGGUCAAGGUCAAGGAGCAGAAAGCAGAGAUGGACGUGAAGAACGCCAUCGUGCUCCUCUCCCUGUCGGCCGCCGGCGCCACCCAGGAGCUGGCCGUGUCCCGCCGGCGCUGCCGCGGGCCUGCGAACCUCGUGGGCUCCUACCGGUGUGUGGAGAUGGAGACCGGAGAGGCCAGGAAGCGGGGGGCGGGCCGCCCGGGGGGCCAGGGAGGCCUCCGUGCGCUCUUCAAGCCCAUCGACGCCGACACCAUCGACAUCUACGCCCGCGUGGUGUUCCCGGCGGCCUUCGUGGCCGUCAACGUCCUCUACUGGGCGGCCUACGCCAUGUGA